AGUUGCGGGUCUAUGGACCGCACCGGGGCUCAACCUUUAUUAUAGUGCAGUAAAAGGUGAAUGUGAAGAAAUUUGAGUCAAACUAGAUUUAUAUAAAAAUUCAUUAAAUGUAUUUUGUGAUCACUCCUCGUAUUUAAAACUACUGGUAUAGAAUUAGAACUUAUUGUAUACUCGUAAAAUGAAAAUUUUAUAAUUAAGUUUUGGAGGAUAUGAAUGAAAAUAGUUCAGCGAAUACCAGCUAUAACCCUUGGCACCUCUCUGGAAUUGGAAAUUAAUCAAACCGUUACAAAGAUUGUCACACAUUCAUGAAUACAAACAAUUACCGAUUAACUAAGAUAAACUGAACAGCGCAAAAGUAUGAACUCAAAAUGACGUCGAAAACAAACAGUUUUCUUCCCUUUUUGUACUCACAUUUCGAUUUCGGAUGGUUUUAAGGGUGAUCGGACGCAAGCGCGAAUUUUCCUAUGUGGAAAUAUAGAUUUUCCAAACUUGAAGAUGUGACAGACAGUCGGUAUCAUGUCUGAAAGGUGUAGCAACCCUUUGAAGAGGUAAUGGAUUCUCCCUGAAAAUGCCCCCGCGACUAUCGGCGCGCAGGCUCUUUCUAAUAAUUCUCUUAUUCUUUAGCGUUUCGAUUCUGAUAUCGAUACAUCAUCGAUUUUCGUGGAUUCGAGUAGGUACAGGUUCCGAUUUGCAGAACAAUGAAGACGAUUCAGAUACAGUUGGCAUCGAGCCGUUUGUAUCCGCUUCAAAUCACUUGGAUCUAUCGGCGGAAAUCGGUAAUGAAGAAGAUUCUACUUCAAGAGGGAAUCAAGGCAAGCCCUGGUUCAUGAAAGGUGGUACUGAUUUUCCUGGAAAUAAUAGAGGACCUCUUAGAUUAUUUCCAGAUCAAGCUGAUGGAGAUCGAAUUGUAGAGCAACUGAUGUACGUGCCAGAAGAUUAUCAAGGAUUUGAUACGCCGGAGAAAGUUAUAUUGGCUUACAACGGUUUGGGUGCGUGGGGUCAGAAGUCGGGACCAGCCUCUUUUCUUGGUUGUCCAGUGAGCAGAUGUACGUUAACUGAUGAUCGAAGUAAAGCAACUGUUGCGGAUGCCAUUUUAUAUAAAGAUCAUUUUAUACACCCAGGUGUCAACCGACCUAUGAAACAGAUAUGGAUCAUAUACUUUUUGGAAUGUCCGUAUCAUACGCAAGGUGUGAAAUUUCCCGAUAUCAUCAAUUGGACCGCCACUUAUAGGCGAGACAGUGAUAUUGUAGCCCCUUACGAAAGAUGGACAUAUUAUGACCCACAGGUUCGACAAAAAGUCCAAAAUAAAGAUUAUACUGUUAAUAAAACAAAAAAAGUAGCAUGGUUCGUAUCGAACUGCGGAGCCCGUAACGGCCGCUUAUCGUAUGCCAAAGAACUUGGUAAAUAUAUUCCAGUAGAUAUUUAUGGUACAUGCGGACCACUUAAGUGUCCUAGAUCGGAUAAAAAAUGUUUUGAGAUAUUAGAGAAAGAGUAUAAAUUUUAUUUGGCAUUUGAGAAUUCUAAUUGUCGAGAUUACAUAACGGAAAAAUUUUAUGUAAACGGAUUGGGACAAAAUGUUCUUCCUAUUGUUAUGGGAGCUAGACCUGAAGAUUACCAAAGAAGUGCACCAGAAGGUUCCUAUAUUCACGUAGAUGAAUUCGCAGGACCCCAAGAAUUAGCAGCUUAUCUCCACAGACUUGAUAAUGAUAACAAUCUGUACAAUUCUUACUUUAAAUGGAAAGGUACGGGAGAAUUUAUUAACACAUUUUUUUGGUGUCGCUUGUGCGCAAUGAUGCACGCGCCUCAAUCAUCACAAAGACACUAUGAAGACAUUAAUGAUUGGUGGAGAGGCCCCGGAGUAUGUACAACUAAAUCUUGGAGGAACGCGGAGUUUGUUUAGAUGCCUGUCUGAAGUUUUAGCUCAUUAAAAUGUCAGUGCUAUUAUAAUUGUGAUAGAACAAUUAUUAACAAGUCCUGUUAUAUUGAUAAAUGUAAUUUCUUUUUCUUUUUAUAUAUUCCUUUCUUUUUCCCUCUUCUUGUAAUUUUUUUUCUCUUAAACAUAUACUAAGAAUUUAAAUUCUGUUAUCUUAUUAGUGACAUUAUGCUGCAACAAAUAUGUACUAGGACAAGUUAAUGAAAAGAUCUACUACUUCAUAUUAGUAAAUAUAUUUUUAAGUAUGUGUGACAUAUUUAGAACUUUGACAUGUUAAUCAUUUUUUACUAUCAUACUCUAUCUUCAAUUGAAUUUUUAAGGAUCUAAAACUUUGGACAUUUUUUAAGUACUUACACACAAUUUUAUAGGUUAUAUAAUUUAUUAUUGCCGUUUUUGUUGAUUGUAUUGUAUAUUAUUGACAAUGAUUCAUUAAGUUUUUAUUA